UUAACGACCCCUUACAGACAAGCAGACCACUUUUCAACACUCCCGGACAUCUGACGUUCGGUGCAAUUGAACCUUGAACCUCUAAUAUUUCUUCCCCUUAUUUUCACACCCUCGUUCUUGCGUCUCUGUUUUCUCCCGCCUGACGUCGCCUAUGCCUUUGUAUUUAAGCGCCCCUGGGCUGUCUCUCUAAUUCAACACUUCUCUCCUAGACUCACAAUAAGAAGUCUCAACUAUACCGGCGCUUUGUCGUCUUCUCCUGGUCCGACGAACUCGAGGACCUCCUUCAAAUCAGAUCUUCCUUCCGACAUUCUCUGACUUUCCGACUUCCUUCACUCGCCGACACGUAAUCGCCACUCCUUCCUCCUUUUCUUUAUCCCGACCUCCAUAACGAUUUCCUCUCCUCCCACCUCUCUCCGCUCUCCCACCGACAGCGACGGCAGCGAUGGCUUCCCCAGCCGUGGAAGCCCGAACCGAGAGGCGUGUUAAAUAUCAUGAAGCAGACGUCGUGGUCGUCGGCGCCGGCAUCUUCGGCUGUGCAGUAGCAUAUGCACUGGGGAAACAAGGCAGGAGUGUCCUGCUCCUAGAGAAAUCUAUAAAAGAGCCGGAUCGGAUCGUGGGCGAACUACUGCAGCCCGGCGGCAUCGCCGCCCUUCGCAAAUUGGGCUUGGGGAGCUGUAUAGAAGGCAUCGACGCCAUUCCCUGCUAUGGCUACAACGUCAUGUUCCACGGCGAACCCGUCGCUAUCCGCUACCCCGGCGUCGACGACGAAGGUCGGAUUGUGUCCUCCUCCUCAUCAUCAUCACCAAAGGGGACGCCCACCGCCGCUGCGGCCACAGCCGACGUCAAGCAACCCACCGGCUGUUCGUUUCAUCACGGCCGCUUCAUCAUGAACCUCCGAGGCGCAUGCCAGGCGCAAGAGAAUAUCACGGUGGUCGAGACCGAGGUGACAGGCACCAUCACCGGCGACGAUGCGAACCAGGUCCUCGGGGUCAAGGCGCGUACUACCAAUCCGGAAACGGGCGAGAAAGAUGCCGACUACUACUUCGGCCAAUUAACCAUCAUUUGCGAUGGCUACAACUCCAAGUUCCGCAGGCAGCUCCUCUCCGAGGCGCCUGUCGCGCGGUCCAAAUUUUACGGCCUCGAACUCAUUGAUGCGCCACUACCCAAGCCGGGCUUCGGUCACGUCAUCAUCGGCAAGGCCUACCCAGUCCUCAUGUACCAAAUCGGCACCCACGAGACCCGCGCCCUCAUCGACGUCCCCGACAAGCUACCCGAGGCGUCUCCGGCCGCUGGUGGUGUUCGGAAUUACAUAACCAACUGCGUCAUCCCGACCCUGCCGGCCGAAGUCCAACCCUGCGUCGCCCGCGCCCUCGAGGAGGGAAAGCUCCGUUCCAUGCCCAACUCGUGGCUCCCGCCCUCCCCACAGCCCCGUGUGGCCGGCGUCGCCAUCCUCGGCGACGCCAUGAACAUGCGCCAUCCCCUCACGGGCGGCGGAAUGACCGUCGCCUUCAACGACGUGGUCAUCCUAUCCGAGCUGCUCGACCCGCAACGCAUUCGCGACUUGGGCGACGUCGCCGCCGUCCAAGCCGCGCUCUCCGCCCUCUACUGGCGCCGCAAGAACUUGAGCAUCAUCAUCAACGUCCUCGCGCAAGCCCUCUACACGCUCUUCGCCGCCGACGACCGCCUCCUGCGCAUUCUGCAGAACGGCUGUUUCGACUACUUCCGCCGUGGCUACGCCGACGAACCCGUCUGCCUCUUGGGAGGACUCAUUCGCCGCCCCUGGGUCCUUGCUUACCACUUCUUCAGUGUUGCCUUCCUCGCCCUUUGGCUCAAUGCCCUGGACGUGAUGAGCGGAUGGGGCGUCCUAAGCUUCCUGAAAGCACCUCUCGCCCUCAUUGAUGCCGUCUUGAUUUUGUGGAGGGCCAGCGUCGUUUUCCUGCCCCUUCUUUGGCGGGAACUGCGGUGAAGUGCGGCUGUCGUUUCUUUCUUAGGGGUUGCGAAUAGAGCACCAUGUGCUGCGAGGCUUUUUUUUUUCUUUUUUUCUUCUUUUUUCCCUUUUUUACCCUUCCUUUGCGGCUUUGUACUAUCAUGGCGCUGUCAGGGAGAGCUGGGAAAACCCGACCUUCAGGGUAUCGUGGGGAUCAUAUCAUGUAUGCCUGCAUGAUGUUUCUCGCCCCGGCUUUUUCGGAGUGGAAGACGCAAGCCAGCUUCUUCCGGAGAAGGGGAAUAUUCUGCAUAUAAUCGCAUACAUGCGAACCCUCAUGUUCUCCGAAAGAAUAUCGAGCGAUGGCGAAUGGUGUGAUGGGAUAUCCGAUGGGUGGUUCUCAGGUCAUUUUUGCUCUGAGUAUCUCGUUUUAAUGCAUCUAGACUUAAUGCUAAUCAUGAAUAAGCCAAGCUUAC